GCAAACCGGUAUCUCGUUUAUAUAAAGAGGCCAUUAUUUGAGGCGAUCAGUGUCCGAAUUAAGCACAGACGUCCUUGCACUCAGCUCAUUUCCAGAUCAGUCAACCAGGGCAGUACUUGUCAAAAAGGUAAGAAAGGACCCCAGUAAGCAGAGAACUCGGUGAAAAAACAAAAUGUUUUAGCUGCGCGGUAUAAUUUAGGUGGAAUGGUGAGAACAAUUACGAUAAAACUAAGGAAACUCCAAACUCUUCUAGUAGGUAGCAGAGUUCUCGAAUCAUGAAGUUGCUGAACAGUUUAACGGGUGAAUUUAAAGAGGUGCUUAGAUUCGCAUCUAGAAGACAGUGGACUUUGAAGCUGCUACAUUGUAUUUGGAGAAUUCUUUUGUUACCGCAAAAACUCUAAUACUGUUUGAUUGAUCAACGAGAGACGCGUCUCACUCCCAGAGUUAAUAAUGGGAUCUUAUAUGGUGGUUCUAACUUUUGAGUUUGCAAGCCUAUGAAAUAUACGGUGGUGACCAUUCAAAUGAAUUUCUUUCAGCAGUAUUUUAACUUGGUACGAUUUGUUCCAUGAACGGAAGGUUCGGAAUUCUUGUCGAAUUGACUUCGGCGACUUCUGGGAGUGAAAGGUCUACCAGUGCACAUUAUUCAUUCAGUGAAAUUGUUUGUUAAAUUUGCUUGUAUGUUGAACAGAUGGUGCAACAUAGUACAACGAAGAACACCAUUUACUCAGUACUAAUACAGCUUUAGGCUGCAUGGGUCCCCAAAUGGUAGGCUGCUGAGAAAUACAAUGGCCCCCUUGUAGGUGUCGAUCAAAAAGGGUAGAUUUUUCGAGGAGGAAGGCUGAUUGAAUAAGGAAGCAUUCAUCAGCAACAAACAUGAUCUUAACUGCAACGAAGAACUUUUAGAUAAUAUGAUGACUUGGCCCCCGGCUCCUCAAACCUUCAUGAUAAAUUUAAGCCCCGUUAACCCCCCAGGCAGGAUAUGUUGGUUUAUAAAUGCAUGGUUAGAUAAACAGAGCUUAAAACAGUAGAGCAAAUAACAUCGAUUACUAGCAGCAGUUUCUUCGCCUGAGUUGAGAGCGAGACAGACUGCGGAGAAUAAUCACUGUAUACUGUCGAUCAAAAGGGUCGAUUUGUCGAAGGCCGAUUGAAAGUGGAAGUAUAUAUAUGGCUCACGACAAUCUGUGAAUCUUGAGAUAUUUGCAUAUGUGGGUUGUUUAACGCAGAAAAUAGAGAAUAUCACAUGGCCGCAUGGGGGAAAGAUAAUUGGCCGUCGACGUUUCGUUUCGAGGUAAAAACUGUUUUGAGUUCUGCUGGAGUGGCCGACGGCUGAUUGAAAUAAAUAAUAAAGGAAAGGUAGUCUUCCCGUCACUUUAAAGUAAGGUGUAAAGCGCGCACGACGUUAGAAAAGUUAUGGUUUCCUUUGCCAGUUUCAGUUCCCAAUGGUGCUGAACUCGCUUUCUUUCAAGGAAGUCGCACGCAUACUUGAAAAAAGUUCGUCCUGGUAACGGAGAUGGAAUGUUCAUAUUUUCAUGAUCCCAGGAUAGGCCGUCUUUUCUUGAUCUUGCAGUCAGAUCGCAAUUUUACGAAAGAUAUUGAGGCGAGAUCUCGAAAACCGGGCCAGCGCAAGCGCUUUACCGGGAUCUCAUGAGGAGCCAUUAGCUGGCGGUUUUGUUCAACACCGACUAGGCUUCCUAAAAAAAUGUUUAACUAAUGAAUAAAGAGGUUAGUUUCUAAGAAAUCGUCGUCAAGCCCCAGUGUGGUUACUAAGAAAUAAAAUUAUAAUCACGUAUCAUCGCUGUCGUCGUAAAGUUUUCACUUUUUUGUUAGGUACAAGCGAUUUGUCACCGAGCCCAUUUAUCGGAGUCAGUCAACAAAAAUAGCAAAGCUCGAGUUUGUUUCCAUAUGAAAUUUCUGCGCCCGUUUCUCAGACGUCAUCUGGCGGGGAAACCAGCCGUAGCGUCGCUUAAUGUCGGCUGUUUUCUCAGGCUAAGAUGCAAUAUUUUCUCUCGCCUCACUCUUGAUAUCUCAAGAUCUCAGAGGACGUUUAAUGGUGAUCAUUUUCAUGACACUGCUACAACUGAUGACACUGAAUUCCUGACUUAGUGAUAUGAUUCAUACAAAGCAGCGCCGACUUUUUUAGGUUUACCUUUAAUAAGUAAGUAAAAUAUUCAGCUCCAGUAUAAACCGAGGUUGAAUAUAAAUUUUUUGCCCAUAUUUUCUCCCAACAAAUUCAUCCUACUCUAACCUUCAGCGCUACUUUUGUUUUUUUUUUCCAAAGGUGAAAACAAGACGUUUGAUUCAAUUUUUGGGACGACAUCAAGGAAUAGCUUAAUUAGGAUUGGGGUGAGCGCCCUUUGAAUAUAUCUCCAUUGCAGAUCUUUGAGGAUUUGAAUUCAUUCUUUAAAAUUCACCUGUUAACUUUUCUCUUCCAACUAAGCAACCCUUGCUUACUCAGCGAAUUCUUUUCAUAGGUUAGCCGAGCCUGAAAGAAGACGAGAAUUAAAAGGUGGGAAGUAAAAAGAAAAAUCCACGAUGUUUUCCUCAUCCGAGUGCAUUAUCUGGUUUGCUGCAUUCCUUGCCGUAACUGUUGCUAUAGUAACAGUGAAUCUCCUGUCAAUCAUUCUUUUCAUAAAAAACAGUAAUCUUCGCACUCGUGGCAUGUACUUGGUUAUAAACUUGACCGUAGUUGACAUUUUGGUUGGAGGACUUUCUACUAUAAAUCUCCUCUUAAUCAUUACACACAUUGGAUGCAAAACUGUGAUUGUAAGGUUAUCAGGGGAAGGGAACAUGAUAACUUGGUUUAUUUUCUAUUGGUUUCCUCUAACCUCUCUUACAAACAUAACUGUAAUUUCGUUAGAGCGGAUGCAUGCAACAUUUCGUCCAUUCAGGCAUCGCGUUAUCAAAAAAUGGGUCUACGGGGUAACAAUUUGUGUGGUCUGGGUUUUAGCUGGGAUGAUAUCAACUGCCAUUUUCAUGCUAAAAUUAUCCGACAAAGAAGAAUCACACAGUCAGUUUUUAUGGCAAUCAUAUUGCUUGUUAUGUCUUUUUAUUAUCUGUGCUUGUUACGCCUCAAUUAUUGUUCAAAUUUGUUGUGGGGCACGUCCUCAGCACCAUGGUGCAGCCCGUGGGCAAAGAAAACUGACUGUCACGUUACUCAUCAUUACUAUUGUAUCGUUACUGUUGUGGAUACCAUAUGCUAUAGCUACCUUUGUUUUCCAUACAACUGAUAGCAUUCGAUCACUUUCUUUCACAAAAGGAAUGCGAUUGAAUUUGUCUUUACUGCUUCUAUUUUACACAAACUCGUUUGUUGAUCCUGUGGUUUACACAAGAAGAAUGCCCGAGUACAGGAAAGCUCUCCUGUUAUUAUUGACACGUCGGCAAAGACAAAAUGCUGUUAUUCCUCUUCAAGCUCGCUAA